GUACAACUUCCCUAUUAGACCCCUCAUAAUGUCCAUCCCAGACUGCUAGGUACAAACAAGUCUUGGUUGUUUCCCAACCAUCUGAAUAUUUUCAAUUGUAAGUGCCAUACGUACCUAAUAAAAGGCAGUACAUGCCACGGUAGGCUGGAAAUCUCUUCUUCAUCUCGCAGAUCAUUCCCCUCUCUCAAGUUGCAAGGUGCCAAAACUCGCGGCCCUCAAACCAGUCCAAGCAGAAAUCCACACUCCCUUGAGCCGUUCUUCAACAUGCAUCCAAACCUGUCCAUCUCUCUUUUCUUUAUCCUGGCUGUAUUAGAUCCUUCUGCUACAGCGUUGCCUUUCAUUAUACGGAAAAAACACCCAACCAAGUCGUUGGCUGCUCGCGCUACCUAUUCUGUAGUCCCGAUCGGCGGGAACGGAGAUGGCUCAGGUUCGACGAAGACUCCUGGCACGGUUGAGACGGUUGUUAUGACUCCUACCCCGAGUACGAGGACAGUUUUCGAGACCUCUCCGCCCGUCACCAACACUAUAGUGAUUACUGCAAGUCCUGCGACGCAGACUGUGGCUACUACGAUCUCUAUCAUAGAUAUUCAACCCGUAACCAGCAUUGUAACCACCACCGUGACUGAAGACGACGAUGUAUCAACUUCUACAUCUUUAGCCCACCCAAGCACAGCUUCUGCCUCAACGACGACGUCAUCAUCCGCAUCGCUAUCAUCAUCCAGGUCUGUCAUCUCGUCAACCACGCUCGCGGCACCGUCAAGCACGGUAGCCACAUCAGCUCUGCCAACGACGUUCACCACUGCCCCUUCCACAACUGCAUGGACAACAUCCAUACCAGCAGCCACUAGUUGGGUAUGGAGCUCGAGUACUUCUCAUGACGACGGCUCGUGGCACACAUCCUACCCCGCCUGGAACGGCACCGUGAGCCGUCGAUUUGCUCGUCAGCAAUGAGACUGGCAAUGGCCCUUUUCAAUCAUUGAUGCCUGCCUCUCUGGCAACUUAACGUAGGGGAGUUUUUUCGGGGGGGGGGCGCGAUUAUGAGAUAUAGGUAUGGACUAAUGUAUAAAUGAAGGAGACCAGGUCACUCGGCCUAGUUGCGGAACGAUUAAUGAAACUUGCGCAAACCAAGCGCUGGGGCGCGUCGAAUCAGGGGUUAUAGUGGUGAGAAAGACGAGCAUGGAAGGAUUCAUUUCUAUGUGACAUAGUUUUACUCAUACUUCUUAUCAUAUAUGUCACGCAACAAUAUAGCGCGAAGAUUUACAUGUCCAAUGUAAGGGUCCAA